AUGGAUGGAACAGCUCAAUCUAACAGCGAGCAUGUAUCCGACGGAUGCAAUCCUCUACGGGAGGAAGAGGCCAGAGAUACAAAAAUCGGAAUAAACGACUCAGAAUACAAAUCUUCCCGAUCCUCCAAAUUCCGGUUCAAAUCCUCAAAAUCCCGUGCAAGAAACCACUCAAGCAGCCAUGACAGCAGCGAUGCAACUCACCACGAAGAGUACCGAUCGAACCGUCAUCGUCAUCGGCACCACCAUCGUCACCAUCACAGCYCCCGCCACUCCCCAAAACGCCAAAAAACUGAGGGUGAGCCCACUCUCCGAUCCCCCAGUGGUCGUCGCUCUUUAUCCCCAGACACCGCAUUCCGUGAAUCACUGUUCGAUGCUCUAGGCGAUGAUGAAGGCGCUAUGUACUGGGAAUCCGUGUACGGCCAACCAAUUCAUACCUACGCCAUACCAUCAGUCCCCAAAGGUCCGGACGGGAAAUUGGAGCGCAUGACGGACGAAGAAUAUGCCGAGUAUGUACGAGCACGAAUGUGGGAACGCUCGCAUGAGGGAAUAUUGCAUGAGAGAGAACGGCAACGACAGGAAAAAGCAAAGAAUAAGAAACGCGCCGAAACCGAGCAUAGAGAACGUGCUCGAUUCGAUGAAGCACUUGAAGAAAGUCUCAGACGGGGCGAGAAGCGGAGGCGCACUAAACAAUGGAAAGAGGUGUGGGCGAAGUACUCGGAAAGCUGGGAUGAGCUGGACAAUUUAGCGAAAACACCGCCUUCUGAGACGGAAAAGAAAUUCUUUAUACGGAAUCAUAUCCAUUGGCCCGUUGAGAGCGGUAAGCGACGAGAUAUAUCCCGCGACGAAGUCAGGGAGUUCAUGCAGCACUCCCCCGCCGAGGACUUAUUGAACACACUCAAAGCGGAGCGUAUUCGCUGGCAUCCGGAUAAGAUGGUUCAACGUUAUGGCGGGUUGGGCCUGGGUGAAGAGAAGACGCUAGUGCAAAGCGUCACGGAGGUAUUUCAGAUUCUGGAUGAUUUGUGGAUUGAGCAGAAGGGACGCCAGUCUUCAUAG